UAAUUCAAGCAACUGCGCAAGCACUAAAUUUGAUGUUGUCAGAUUACACCAAGCACAAACGAUGGCAUGAAUUUUCAACUUCCUAUACUGCAGUACACAACAUUUUAAGGAUGCAGAUUACCGAAAAAUUGUGACGUUGAUCAUGGGGUACGAAGGGGACUUAUGGUUGCAAACAGGUGGUGCGUAGCAAGCGUGCGUUGGGCUCUGGCCGUGGACAUACAUGCACCGGGCAUGCCAGAAUGCGGUAAUUGGCCAGAUAUUAUAGCCUGCGUAGUUCAAACUCCUUCUGUGUCCUUCUUCCAUGAUCUGACCCAAGGACAUGACUUAAGUGAAGGGGUACGUUGACACGUAACCCAUCAUACAUGUAGACGAGUUGGAGAGGGCAUAGGCCUGCUGUGUUAAUGUACGUGAACAUGUUGAGCACCUGACUCGGCCUUCAUAUAGUUACUACUUAAUACUAAUAAUACUAGUCUGUAGUGGUGUAUAAAGGAGAACAUGCCAAAAGUAUAGUUCUUCAAACUUCUUUUUCUAAAGCGCAAAGACAGCUAACCACUCCAAAAAUGACUUCCUGGAAUGUUUUACAUACAUUCAUUGUUAACCAGCUAGCUCUGAUUUGUACCCAUGGGAAUUUUUUGAUAUUUGGCAAAUUUCCCAGUGCCAUAACUGUUCAUUUCAGGUAAUUACACUCCUGCUAAAUAUUUAAAUCUACCAUUUCUUCAUUUUGUAUGAUUUCCAAACAGAUCCUGGACCCUGGUACCUGUGUGUGCCCUAGGACACCGCUUUGCACGAGACGUUCCUUCUAAUGUUGGUCAAAAUGCCAACUGCAAAUGGUGAAUUGUUUGUGAUUGGUGUUGAUGUGGGUGGGACAAACACGGAUGCCGUUUGUUUGCAAGGUAGCCGUGUUGUUGCCACCAGUAAGGUUCCAACCACCGAGAAUGUCACUGAUGGAUUGCGGGAAGCGCUGUGUAAUGUUCUCAGCGAGUCAAGGCAGAUCUUGGGUCAGGAUGUUCCCGUCAGCCGCAUCAACAUCGGGACCACGCACUUUGUCAAUGCCGUUAUUCAGAGGACGGACUUGACCCCGGUUGCUGUCAUCAGGCUGUGCGGCACGGCGUCCCACAUGAUGGAACCAUUCAUCGACUUCCCGCUGGAUCUCAAGCAGAUUGUGUGUGCCUCCAUCCAUUUGGUGAGUGGUGGUUACCAGUACAACGGGGAAGAGAUCACGCCACUGGAUGAACGUGAGCUGAUUGGCUGCAUUCAAGACAUCCGGGCCAAGGGCAUCAGUAAUGUGGUGGUCAGUGGCAUCUUCUCUCCGGUGAAUCCUGCCCAGGAAUUGAAGGUUGCUGAACUCUUCGCUGUCCACUACCCGUCAGCUGGUGUCACCCUGUCGCACCAGGUGGGCCAGCUCAGCCUCCUGGAGCGAGAGAACGCCUCUGUGCUCAACGAGUGUCUCAAGCCGCUGUGCUCCCGCACCGUAGCCACCUUUGCCCAGACCCUGGCCGAUCUGGGCCUGGCCUGCCCAUUCUUCCUCACCCAGAACGACGGCACAGUAAUCAGUUCUGAGCAAGCACUGAAGUUCCCAGUGCACACAUUCUCGUCCGGGCCCACCAACAGCAUGAGAGGGGCUGCCAGUCUUUCAGGUGUCCGAGAUGGCAUUGUCAUCGACAUCGGAGGCACAUCAUCCGACGUCGGGUUCCUUCAAGGUGGUUUCCCCAAGGAGGCGUCUACCAAAGUCAAAGUGGGUGGGGUCAGCACCAAUUUCCAGAUGCCGGACGUCGUCUGUAAGGGGCUAGGAGGAGGGUCCCGCAUUCAAUUCUCUCUUGAGAGUGGACAAAUCACCUCACUGACCAUUGGACCUGAUAGCGUGGGCUAUCUGCUCAAUAGGGAAGCCAAGAUCUUUGGUGGUCAGACACUAACCACUAGCGACAUUGCAGUAGCAGCAGGAAUGGCUUCGUUUGGCAACCCUGCCCUUGUGACUGACCUGCCUGAAGACCUUGUCAAGAAAGCAGUGGACAAGAUACACGGUACGCUUGAGGAUGUGAUUGACCAAGUUAAGCUGAGUGCCACUGAUGUGCCUGUUGUCAUCGUUGGCGGUGGCAGCAUCUUCGUGGAUGAAAAGCGAAGUCUGAAGGGAACGUCUAAAGUCAUCAAGCCACCACACUAUCAGGUAGCAAAUGCCAUAGGGGCAGCCUUAAGCCAAGUCAGUGGUCUGAGGGACACUGUUGUCAGCCUGGACCAAAUGACCAGAGAGGAGGCUUUAGAGGAGGCUAAGCAACAGGCAAAACAGGCUGCCAUUGAGCAUGGUGCCCAGCCAGACAGUGUACAGAUUACCGAGGUGACUGUAACGCCCCUUGCCUACGUCACCAAUAAUGCCACGCGCAUCAAGGUGAAAGCUGUCGGUGAUCUGAGCAUGAGGGAGCCCAUCACGGUGGCAGCGUACGAUGCUCCACCAGUGACUUCUGCUGUAGGAAAGGCUGUUGUUGCUGCUCCCAGAGGCGAUGCUCCCGGCCAAGCGACUGCCAAUAUACCAGCACCGGUGCCCUCCGCUGCCCUGCCGGACCCCCAGGUUGACCCGGUGACCGGUGAAUGGAUCCUGUCUGCAUUUGACGUGGAGUGCAUUGCCAUAGGGGCGGGCAUUUUGGGCUGUGGGGGUGGGGGAGAUCCCCACCUUGGACUGCUCAGCGCCCUGAAGAUGCUGCGGGAGGGGAAGAAGAUAAGGAUCAUUUCUCCUGAGAGGCUGGGCUCUACCCCAGAGCUGACCGGUCUGGUGGCUCCCGUCGCCUUCAUGGGGGCUCCGGGGAUCGCCAUUGAAAAACUGAAGGUUGGCCGUGAGUUCACACAAGCUGUAGAAUGCAUCCAACAGUUAGUGCAGGCUGGAUAUGGAGACAGGGUACCAGAUAGCAUAGAGGGAGUUCCAGUCAAGGGAGACAGCGGGGUAGUGUACAUUGAUGACUUCCCGAAGGUGGGGAGUAGUUCAGCUUCUCUCGCACCCCCAGCAGGUUCUAAAGUGGUUGCCUUAAUGAGUGCUGAGAUAGGGGGCACCAAUGGCAUUGAGCCCUUAGUGGUAGGGGCCAUGUUGAAUUUACCCGUUGUCGACUGUGAUGGAAUGGGACGAGCCUUCCCGGAACUGCAGAUGAUUGCCCAUUCCAUUUAUGGCCAUCCACUGUGCCCGAGUGUCUUGGUCGAUGACAAAGGUCGUAGGGCAGUGACCUUUAAGGCUGAGAGCAACAAACACCUAGAAGAUCACUUCAGGGCUGUCGUAGCUGAAAUGGGAUGCCAGGGUGUGCUGGCCAUCGCCCCGCUGAGCCCAGACACGGUCAAGAAGUACACCAUCCACCACUCGGUCAGCCGAGCCUGUAAGCUAGGGCGCGCCGUCAUGCAGGCAAAGAAGUCCUCUCCCAUUGAUGUCAUCCUGGAACAUGAGAACGGCAUCUGCCUGAUCACUGGCAAGAUAUGCGACGUGGCAAGAGGGAUCACCGGUGGCUUCACCCGCGGCAGGCUGCUGGUGGAAGGGACUGGGCAGUCCACCGGGCAGCAGCUGGAGGUGGAGUUCCAGAAUGAGAACCUGGUGGCUAGAAGCGUCGGCAAGGAUCACAGCAAGGUCCUAGCAACGACCCCUGACCUGAUCGCAAUAGUGGAUGCCGAUUUAGGCCAUCCAAUCAGCACGGAGGAGCUCCGCUAUGGCCUGCGUGUGGCAGUCUUGGUCCUGGCCUCCCCACCAUUGCUGCGAAGCCAGAAGGCACUCGAUGUUGUUGGUCCGCGUGCCUUUGGCUAUGACCUGGAGUUCACGCCUGUGGCUGAGUAUGUUUUGCAUACUCCUAUACUCUAGCAUACCUUUGACGAUGGUCCACCCUCGGCUGAGUACAUUCCGUAUGCUCCUAAACCCCAAGUUCCUUAAAACAAGGUUUGUAAAGCUCGCCCUGGUGUCAAAUUGUAAAAGUUUUUCAUUUACCACUUCUUGCCAGGGAGCCCGGUACCGGAGACAUUGUCCGUAUAUGCAUGGCCGAGGUGCCUGAAAUUGGAACUUCCUUUAUAAAAAAAAAUCAAGUUUCUUGGCAUUUGUAGAAAAGGUUUAAUUGCUGUCAGUCAGCUGCUGGGACUUGCCAAACAAGGUUCAUAUGCUGUCUGCAGAGUGCUGGCGAUUUUCAGGAGAGGUAAUCCAUCAUUGUUUUAAAACUGUACCAUUAUUUUGCCGUUGCCAGUGCCCGUGGAUCAGCAGGGACAAAAGUGCUCCAGCACACCAGCGAUGAGCGAUACAAUACCACUGGCCACAUUUUUAAUAGUACAGACAACACCACCAUCCAGCAAUACACUGGGUCAAUUUCCACGUCAAAGAUGAAAUGACGCAACACCGCACAACGGGGCUUUUUACUGGGCAGCAGGCAUGGCUGCAAUACUCACGCAUCAGUGGAGGUUGCCUGUCAGAUAAGACUCGCCACCAGACAGUCAUUUAUUUGGG